UCUUUCUGUCCGUGUCGGUGUGAGUCUGUCUGUUUCUGUCAGUCGGAGUCUGUGUUCGCUCACUGAGAGCAGCUGUUAGCAUGUAGCUUAGCUGCUCUGUUUAAACGCAGGGAGCAGUUAGCUCUGAGGUUAGCAUCACUGAGAGUUCAGCUGUGUCCGGAUGUCCAGGCAGAGCUGCAGCUUUAUGUCCCGACCGACACAGAACCUCUGCUAACCCGAGCUAACCGUCAGGUGAUCCGCAGGUACACCUGGACCGUAACGGCCGAGCUGCUGAUACAAACUGUGGCUGCAAACAGAAGCAUUGUGAAUAUUAUGGGCUGUUUCAAACGACACGCUGUGUCUCCACUUUGUCUGUAAAAACAACAUGUGUGAAGUAAGUGAUCGGCCGCCUGCAUGUUCACUGAUCAAUACGUGCUCUGAUUGGAAACACUGGCGAUGGUCCAGAUGAAGUCCUUCACUGGAUCAGACAUCUGGAUGAAGUUGGAUCUGCUCCUGCCUUAGUCUUUGAGCUCCAAAAAUCUGUUUCUGCUUCAUCCUGAUAAAUCCAGAAGUUUCCGACUUGUCCUGUGACUCAGCCGGACACUUCCGGUCCGACACCUGAAACCGUGAACUCAGCUGUUCCGGUGAUGAAACACCUGCAGCUGAUAACCUGAGAACCAGGUGAGCAGAGCUGACCUGCGUGGGCGUUGCCGAGGGCGAUGGCGCUGAUUGAAGGUGUCGGAGACGAGGUGACGCUGCUGUUCGGCUCCCUGCUGCUGCUGAUGGUGCUGCUGCUCGCCUGGAUCUCCACCCGCACCUCCGACCCACCGGAACACCUGUUCACCUCUUCGACAGGCCCCGCCCCCUCACUAAGGACAGGCCCUGCCCACCAGGAAACGCCCCCUUCCUCAGCCAGUGGCAUCUCCUUAUCCUCCUCCUCCUCUCCAUCAUCAUCGUCCUCCAGCUCCGUGAGCGACAGCGCUCUGACAGAGGCUCCGCCCACUGCACAGGAGGUGAGGGGCGAGGGGGAAGGGGCGGAGCCUCUGUCGUCUGCCAGGAACAUGGUGGUCCGACUGAAGUUCCUGAACGACACAGAGAGAACCGCUCAGGUCAAACCGCAGGACACCAUCGGAUACAUCAAACGGUAACACA